UAACUAGGCAAGUCAGUUAAUUAAGAACAAAUUCUUAUUUUCAAUGAAGGCCUAGGAACAGUGGGUUAACUGCCUGUUAACCCACUGUUCAGGGGCAGAACGACAGAUGUGUACCUUGUCAGCUCGGGGGUCUGAACUUGCAACCUUCCGGUUACUAGUCCAACACUCUAACCUGUGGUUGAAUCUGUGUUUGAAAUUCACUGCUCGACUGAUGGACCUUACAGAUAAUAGAAUGUAUGCAGUACAGAGAUGAGGUAGUCAUAAAAAAAUAAAAAAAUAUUAUUGUAAUGCAAUGUAUUUAUUUUUACUCCUGAGCUUAUUUAGGCUUGCCAUCACGGGAUUGAAUACUUAUUGGCUCAAAGAUAUUUCAGCUUUUCAUUUCGAAUGAAUUUGUAAAAAUGUGUGAAAACAUUAUUCCACUUUGACAUUAUGGGGUAUUGUGUGUAGACCAAUGACGAAGCGUUGGACUAGUAACCGCAAGGUUGCAAGAUCGAAUCCCCGAGCUGACGAGGUAUUAAAUCUUUCGUUCUGCCCCUGAACAAGGCAGAGUUAUUAACCCACUGUUCCUAGGCCGUUAUUGAAAAUAAGAAUGUGUUAACUGACUUGCCUAGUUAAAUAAAGGUCAAAUAAAAAUUACGGCUGUAACACAACACUUUUUUAAAUUCAAGGGGUGUGAAUCAUUUUUGAAGGCAUGGUAAGUGCCUUUGAGCGGGGUAUGGGCGUAGGCGCCAUGCGCACGGGUUUGAGUGAGUAACUUUUAAUGCUCAACAUUAUUAGUAUAUCAAUAAUGGUCCACCACCCAAAUGACAUCCAGCCAAUUUGACACAACUGUGGGACGCAUUGGAGUCACAACUGGCCAGCAUCGCUGUAGAACGCUGUCGACGCCUUGUAGUCCAUGCCCAGACGAAUUGAGGCUGUUCUGAGGGCAAAAGAGGGUGCAACUCAAUAUUAGGAAGGUGUUCCUAAUGGUUUGUACACUCCGUGUAUAAUUACGUGCAUUCAGAUCAGAUCUUUAUUUGUAGGACUAUAUAUGGCAGAAGGCUAUGGAUAAUUGUAAUCCGUAUGGUGAUUAUCCUCAGUGUGGAACUGUGUGGGAGGGAUGCAGCCAUCAUUGUUAGUGAUUUUACCCUUUUCGCCAGCUGUACACGUCACAGCAUCCUCUCUGGUGCGUUUGGAAAUGCACCAUCGCUGCAUCAUUCCGCUUUCUCUAUAAUAAUUAUAGGGGGCCCCGAGACCAUAAAAGGCUACGUUUCAAUCAUGGUCGACGAUGUUCCACCGAUUAUUAAUAUUGCCAUCGCUCUAAAAAUUCAACCGAAUGAUGGACCGGUGUUUUUCAAGGUGGAUGGGACCAGAUUCGGCCAGAGCAGGACAAUAAAAUUGCUUACAGGAUCGAAGUAUAAGGUUGAGGUGGUUAUGAAGCCGGCCAAUGCAGAUGCCACCACCAUGAACAUCGGAGGUAUCACCAUCCCCCUAGAGCAGCAGUCCAAAGAUGAGGAGUCUGUGGUGUACCAUGGACAGUACGACACAGAGGGAGUGCCUCACACCAAGAGUGGGGACAGGCAACCUGUCCAAGUCAGCAUAGAGUUUGGAAAGGCGGGCCAAUUCGAGACAAUAUGGCAGGUAAAGUACUAUAACUACUACAAGCGAGACCAAUGCCAGUUUGGGAACAAAUUCACCAACAUCGAGUAUGAAUGCAAGCCCAAUGAGACGCGCAGCCUGAUGUGGAUUAACAAAGAGGUGUUCAAUUGAGGAGCACCAAUCAACUCCUCCUUCCAAUGCCCAGUAACGGAAGAAAAACAAGCAGAGGAGAUGAGUUGCACACAAUAACUAUUUUACCAUCAACUUAAGAGGAAAAAGCCUUACUGUAGGCAUGCGUUUCAAGUCACUGAGCACCAUAAUUGUCUGUUUUAGAGAGAGGGAGGCAGUUAUCUACCAGGCUGAUCUCGGGGGUUGUUCGUAAUUGGUUGUAAUCAAUAAACAUAGUCAGGUUAUUAUCAGCAAUAUCAUUGGGAAUCACAGCUAUACAACAUCCGCUGUGUUGACUCUCAGCUCUGGCCACACAAGCUGAAGCUGUGGCCCUCCUGGACCAGGAUUGAAGACAGUUGCGGGUGGAAAUGUAUCUAACCUGACUUAUUACCUGUGAGGUGUGUGUGAUGUGAGUUGUAUGAAUAAAUUGACAUUAUAUUUGUGUUAUCCUAUGUGUUAGUUCUAGUGUUGUUUAAGCCUUUGAACAUCUGUUUACUUCUGAACAGCACAAUUGUGAUUAGCCUAUAAAGGGGUGAGACAGUUUUUUUGUUAAAACUUCUGUAUUAUUUUAUGGAGAUAUUCAUAUUCUAUAGUCUAUUAAGUACUCUUGUUAUGUUGUGGGUCACUAUCAUUGUUUUGUCUCAGUUUUGUCUGUAAAUGCAUGGCUGAAUAAUCCUAUGCCUAAAGGUUUUGCUCUUCAGAUGCAGACUGAUAUCAGAUUGCCUAAACUGUUCAGUUCUGUUAUAAAUGUAAUUGAAAAGUGUGAAAGUAAAUAAACCCAUACCAGUUACUAGCGUA